AAAUUGAACACAACGAAGAAACAUGAAGACUUUGACUCUGAGUGUUCUGCUGGGCCUGGCAGUGGCAGUUUACUGCAUGCCAGUUUCUCAGCUUACUGAGCAAGAUGAAAGUUUAGCAAAGAGCUACCUGAAGAAAUUCUUCAACCUGACAGAGGAGGAGGGUCCAGCUGUCAGACGGGGCAUCAGCCCACUGAACAAGAAGCUGGCUGAGAUGCAGAGAUUCUUUGGUCUGCAGAUCACCGGGACUCUGGAUGCUGACACCUUGGCCGUGAUGAAGAAGCCACGCUGUGGUGUUCCAGAUGGAGCCGUUGCCCAUUUCUCCACUUUUGGAAACAACCUCAAAUGGCAGAAAAACAGCCUCACAUACAGGAUAGAGAACUACACACCUGACAUGUCUGUGGCAGAGGUGGAUGAUUCUAUUGAGAAAGCGCUGCAGGUUUGGGCCAAAGUCACUCCUCUGAGGUUCACAAGAAUCUACAGCGGCACUGCUGACAUCAUGAUCUCCUUCGGUCGCCAGGCACACGGUGAUUUUUACCCCUUUGACGGCCCUGAUGGCACUCUCGCCCACGCCUUUGCCCCAAGUGAUGGAAUUGGAGGAGACGCCCAUUUUGACGAUGAUGAAACCUUCACGUUCCGCUCUAACACAGGCUACGUUCUCUUUAUGGUUGCUGCCCAUGAGUUUGGUCACUCUCUGGGCUUGUCUCACUCUGAUGACCCUGGUGCUCUCAUGUACCCAGUGUACUCAUACAGUGAUCCUGACACCUUUGUCCUCUCUCGAGAUGAUGUUAAAGGCAUCCAGUCCCUCUAUGGUCCAAAUAAGGAUCCUAUUCAGCCUGGACCUACAGCCCCCCCUACUCCAAACGCCUGUGAUUCAACAUUGGUUUUGGACGCUGUUGCCACACUGCGAGGAGAGAUGCUCUUCUUUAAGGACCGCUUCUUCUGGCGUAACCACCCUCAGACAAUGACACCUCAGCAAACUCUCAUCACAAACUUCUGGCCCAGUGCCCCUGUUAACAUUGAUGCUGCUUAUGAGAACCUUCAGUCAGACCAUGUAAUGCUUUUUAAAGGUCAGAAAGUGUGGGCUUUCAGCGGCUAUGAUCUUGUUAGAGGCUAUCCUAAACCAAUAUCCAGCUUCGGUCUGCCCAAAACAGUGAAGAAAGUCGAUGCGGCCCUCCAUGACCAACAAACUGGGAAGACUCUUUUCUUUGUAGGCAGUGAUUACUACAGUUAUGAUGAGGUCAAAAAGAACAUGGAUGCAGGAUUCCCCAAACGUGUGGAUGAGACCUUUUCGGGAAUGACCUCCAGAGUGACUGCAGCUUUGCAGCACAGAGGUUUCACCUACCUCUACAGUGGACCCUACAUGCAUGAGUACAGCCUGAGUACUGGGAGGCUGUACCGUGUGCUGAGGAACAACUAUUUCCUGCCCUGCAGUAACUUCUAGACCAGACACAUGGCUAACUUGUUACAGAAGAUCUUGAAUGUUACAUGAGGCACAGUUAAAAAAAAAUGUAUUAUUAUAUUCUUGGAUGUCUAAUUUUAUUGUUACACAAUUACCAGCAGCAUGUUUUUAAUAAUGUUUUGUACUCGUGUUAUUUUGUAAUGUCACUCAUUGUUUUAUUAAGGUCACCUUAAAUUGUUAUUAUGUUUUAUUUAUGGCACAGUCAUUGUUCAGUUAUUGCACUAGCUAAUUGCUGCCGUUUCAUUUUCAAGAUUAAUAACUGUGACUCGACUUUCUUUGAAUUGAAUCAUGAAUGUAUAAAACAGAUGAAA